AUGUUGAGAGCAAUUUUCGUUUGCUAUUAUUUGACAGCCUUCACACUGGCCAGCAGCUUGACUACCUCCCCGACGCGUGUCCAGUUCAUUGGCGGCAUCGGCAUACCAGUGGAAGAAUUGCAUUUUGAGUCGGUCACCUCGGGCUAUGUGCUGAAGACGGAAUACUUUCUGCCCACCAAUGCGGAUGAGAUCACCAGAGUCUACAUGAAGCCGCAGCCCAUAACGGCCAGAAAGCAUAUGGAAGCUAUGGAACAGCCAUCCAACAUGGCUUCCAUGUAUCGCUGGGUCAUAUAUCGAGGCAUCGAGAUGGUUUUACAGAACAUAAAUCUGCCUGGACGCAGCUGCCUGCUGCGCGUGAUCUGUGAGCACGCGGCGCUGCCUUUGAGUCACGAAAGUGGUUUGCUGGGUGAGCUGCUGCACAUUGUUCUGACUCCUUCCAGCUCCUCGGAUCACGAUGCCCUGCACACCGAACGCGAGUAUUUGGUGGCGGAACGUUUUGGCAAACGUGGCGCCAACUGUGCGGCUGCCUAUGGCCGUAAAUGUCCAAGUUCUCCCAUGGAACUGAUCACAGUGUUGCUGUGACUGUGUAAAUUUGUAUUAAAGUGAAAUCAAAUGCAUUAUCGGAAAGAACGUUGUUCAGUGUUCCAGUUGCAGGGUGUUUAGGAUCGAGAAUAAGCCAAAAGAAAACAGAACUUUAUAGCUAAAAAGAUCAUCAAGACAGUCUUAUAAAACAAAUAUCUGUUUUUAUCGAUGACAGUUUACAAUUCUCAAAAUACCCCAAAUAAAAAGAGACAGCAGCUUGGUGGCCAAUUAUUUGUAAAAAUAUGAGUUACAGCAAAAACAUAUUAUCUGACCAAAUUUAGAGGUUUAUUCAUAGCAGCUGUGGGUGGAUUUAUUCUAGCAAUACGCACUCUUAAUGUGUACUUAAAACUUGGCAUUAACCAUAAUUCCAUAUCCAAAUAUUGACAUGCCUGUCGUCACUUGACUGCUCAAAUUUGUUGGACAAAUAAAGAAAUUUCUCUGCGCUAGCAUUAAUCUUUUAUACAAGAAAUUUUACACAAUGUAUCGUUUGUUAAUUUGAAAUAUUAGAUGAAAUAGGUGUAAAUGCAUUUGAGAACUUUUUAAAUCGAAAGAAAACUAUAAAAGUUAGAGCUCUUAACGCUUAGUUCUUGGCGAGAUCUUCAAUGGAGCAUAUCGUGAAACCAGCAACUGCCCUAAUAUCAUUAGCUGCUGUGGCCAGUAGUACAAUGAUCUAUCCAAAGAUUGCACCCUCACCGAUUACAUUCCUCUGCGCCAUUGGCAUUCCUGUCGAGGAUUUACCCUUUGAGUCUGUUGUCUCUGGCUAUGCGCUCCGGAUGCAAUACUUUCUGCCCAACAAUGCGACGGAGAUUACACGCGUCUAUCUAAAGCCACAGCCCAUAACGGAUAGAAAAUGUAUUAAAGAUGAAUUAAACUUGGGUUCAGUUUAUCGCUGGAUAUUCUAUCGUGGCAUUGAGAUGGUUUUACAAAGCAUGAAUUUGCCUGGACACAGCUGCCUGCUGCGUGUGAUCUGCGAGCACGCGGCGCUGCCUUUCAGUCAUGAAAGCGGCUUGCUGGCUGAGCUGCUGCAUAUCCUCUUAACGCCGUCGAGCACGAAGGAUCUGCUGGAAAGGCGCAAGGAUCGCACCUAUUUAUUGGCGGAGCGUUUUGGUAGGCGUGGGGGCAACUGCGCGUCUGCCUUUGACAGGACAUGUAAAAGGU